GUCCUGGGCAGGUGGGGGCACCUACUUCAGAGAGACUGAAGCCCACCUGGGGUUGGAAGGGGGCGGGGAAAGGAGGGGAUGGAGUUCACAAAGUGGGUUCAAAUUCUACCUGGGCUUCUGGGACAGGAUUUGUAAGGUCUCUGGUCCCAUUUCCUCAUCUGUAAAGUCAGGGUGACUGGGCUGGCUGAGCUCUUAGGUCCCUAUCUGCUUGAACUCUGCUGGGGAAGGGGUGUAGACAUUUAGGGGGAACCUGAAGGGGGCACAAGAGUGGGAUUUUUCGAGGACCAGAGGGCUGACGUGGGUGGCCAUUCUUUCUCCGCAGGCCCUCCUUGCCUGAGUGGAUGACACGGUGGCCCCCUGUCACAGGCCUUCCCAUCCUCGUGGGCAGUGGACAUGGAACCUCCUGCCCCCCAGGCAUCCCCCUCCCCAGAACCAGGCCCCUCAUCCACCCCCGAGGCUGCCGGACAGCCAUCCCGGCUUGGCCGGUACCUCCUCAUUGACACGCAGGGCGUCCCCUACACAGUGCUAGUGGAAGAGGAAGCUGCGGCCUCCACAGGGGAGGUAUCUGCAGGGUCCACCUCCCGAAAAUGCUACAGCUGCCCUGUGUGCUCCAGGGUCUUUGAAUACUUGUCCUAUCUGCAGAGGCACAGCGUCUCGCACUCAGAGCUCAAGCCCUUCGUCUGCGCUGUCUGUGGCAAAGCCUUCAAGCGGGCCAGCCACCUGGCCCGCCACCGAUCCACACACCGGGUGGGGGGCGGCCGGCCACACGCGUGUCCCCUGUGUCCCCGACGAUUCCGAGACGCAGGGGAGCUGGCCCAGCACAGCCGAGUACACUCGGGCGAGCGGCCCUUCCAGUGCCCUCACUGCCCUCGGCGAUUCAGUGAGAGAAAUACCUUGCAGAGACACACUCGGAGGAAGCACCCGUGACAGGGCUGGGGAAGGCCCCGGUGCCCCAGACGCUGCCCACCGGCUUCGGGGACGUGGGGUGGGACCUGUGGACAAACACGGACUGGAUCUGCAGGCAGCCCUUGGCUGGUCACGGCUCUGUGCGUCAGCUUCCUCCUCUCUGAAGAGAGAGGGUCAGACUAAGAUGACCUCUAAUGUCCCUUCCAGCUCAGGGGCGAGGGGCUGGCCAGCCCUUGCUGCCCCGGAGGGAGCACUUGGUGCGGUUGGAACUCGACUUGGCCGCCUGCAGAACGAGUUUAGUGGAGUAUGAGCCGUCGGUCUUCUCAUGGCCAUCUCUUGGAGUGUCUUACAAGCUGGGGGAUCCUCAGUUCCACCCCCACCCCCACCCCCACCUAGGGAAGCACAGGGCUGCCAGGUCCCAGAGCAGUAGCUGGGGAUCCCCUAGAGCUGGUUCUGGGGUGGAGAUGGGAAAGUCUCCUCUGUCUUGUAGGCGGACCCCCCCCCCUCCAAGGGCUGCAAACCAAUGAUCGGAAUAAAUGCAAAGUGAGUUUUCA